GUUGUCGGAGCGGGAAGUUCAGACCAGGAAGCGUUCAGCUUAGUUUAGUGUAGUUUUAGCCGAAAUGCCGCAAAUAUUCCUGUUCUGCGGUUGGUUUACUCAAAAAAACAUUUUUUAACUGAGACCACAGCGGAGCUCUGCAGCCAUGUCCUGCCACCCCGAGGAGAGGAGCCCCUCUGCGCCCAGGUGCUUCGGUCAGUUCACCUACACAGCGGAGGAGUACCAGGCGGUGCACAACGCUCUGCGCCAGAGGCUCGGUCCAGAGUACAUCAGCUCCAGAGUGGCUGGAGGAGGACAGAGGGUGUGUUACGUCGAAGGGCAUCGUGUCAUCACUCUGGCUAAUGAGAUGUUUGGAUACAACGGGUGGUCUCACUCGAUCUCUCAGCAGAACGUCGACUUUGUAGACCUCAUCAACGGGAAGUUUUAUGUUGGAGUCAGUGCAUUCAUCAAAGUGCAACUGAAGGAUGGGUCAUUUCACGAGGAUGUAGGCUACGGAGUGAGUGAGGGACUGAAGUCUAAAGCUCUGUCACUGGAAAAGGCGAGAAAGGAAGCUGUCACCGAUGGCAUGAAGAGAGCACUGAAGUACUGGCAAUUUCAUUUUCAUACUUACAUAUGUAGAAAAAAUAUUUGGGGCCAUGAUUUAUUGAAGUUUAUUUGUGUUGUCUCGAUGAGAUGCUUCGGUAACGCCCUGGGAAACUGCAUCCUGGACAAAGAAUACCUCGUGGCCAUAAACAAGAUCCCCAAACAGCCUCCUCCUCCUCUCAACCCAGCCCGGACCAAGCGCUCCGAGGGAGAGCCCUCAGUGGAGAAGGCCCGGCUCUCCAGUCUGGUCAAAGAGGAAAAGCUCGCAUCUGCGAUCGGUCCUGCCAGGACGUCGCUGGAGCCCCAAGUCCUUGACCGGAACCAGAACUGUUCAGAAGUUCACACUCCUCAUACCGGCCCUGCUCCCGACAGGAGUGAGAACGCCAGCUACGGGCCUGCCAUGGAUUCUGCAGACGUUGUCGGGUCUGAAACGCACUCGGACCCAAAACAGCUGAGAAAGCUGCGACAGCAGCAGCUGCAACAGAAGUUCAGGCAAGAGAUGGAGGCCAAGAUGCUGCAGCAAAAACAGGAGCAAGCCAAGUCUGAGGUCGCAGAGGUCACUACUGGACAAGGAUCCAGUGGAGGUCAUGAAGUUGUACCUGGGUUGAGCAGCAGCACUGCGACUGGACCAGGGAGCAAGGAGGAGUAUUUAGCAGAUGAUCCUGGGAUGUGGGAUGUCACUCUGGAGGGCAUCGAGGAGCUGGGUGGGCUCAGGCCCAGCACGCCUGGGAAUCACCAGAUGCAGACACGCAGUAAGACCCCCCAGAGACCCCCGGGCAGACCCCCAGACGGGGGCCCAUCACAUGGCAGAGGACAGGACAGGAAUCCUUACCAACCUCAAUACCAGGACCAGUGCGAGACAAGACCAGACGAAUCCUUCAGUCCGUACAGACAAGGACAGCACAUGAAGAAACGCAGACUGGACACCUGAGAGUUCAUGUCCUCAGCUCAUUCUAGAAUCCAGACACAUGGUUCUAUUUUUGUGUAAAUAUUAUUGUGUUCACAUUAGGUCAAUGAAUGAAUUGCUGCUGUUAUGUGGGUUUGUUUUAAAAGUAAAAAUGUCACAUUAGUCAGUCAGCUAUAAUUUUUGUAAAUAUUUUUGUUAUUAAUUUCAAGAAACCUCACAAACUUCAUCAAUAAAACCGAAGGAUUUUUUUCUUCA